ACUAGAUUAAUUUCCAGUAUUCAAGUUGACAGCGUAUUCUGCAACAAAACCUGGAAGCUCGUAGUUACAUUAUUUGCCAGGAAAAUGAAUUCGUAGUAUUUGAAGGAUGGAAGAUCUGUCGCGCUUGCCUUUAACCCUUUGCAUCCCAUGAUUCUGAGACAAUCGAGUUCAAGAUGAUGCGCCGAGGCCCCAACACCAGUGACUACUGCAUGAGUAGGCCGUCAUGCUUAGCUGAGGACACCUGCCACCUCGCCUCUCACUUCGACCUGUGCUCCACACAGGCCAGCAAAUUCUACCCCUCCAUCCCUCUGCCUGGACAGAUGUCUCUGUCCCCACUGUCCUCCUGCCAGAACACGCUCAAGCCAAUGACCUGUCAGCGACAAGACCACCAUGGUGAUGCCCACCCUCCAGCAAUGGGAAUCAAGAACAAUGACCAAAAGCCUGAGGACUCAAAGAAAAAAAAGACUCCAGGCAGGUCAGGCAAAAGGGGUCGCCCGGCCGGAACUACCAAGGCUGCUGGGUACAGAACCAGCACCGGAAGGCCACUGGGCACCACAAAAGCGGCAGGCUUCAAAACGAGUCCCGGGAGACCCAUAGGCACGACCAGAGCGGCUGGUUACAAGGUGAGCCCAGGCCGCCCGCCGGGAAGCAUCAAAAACCUCUCUCGCCUCACCAAACUGGGCUAUGGAACCUGCAGCAGCGCCGCAUUCCCGUACAGUGCCAUGCACAAGAGAGGUGUGUGCGAAUCAGUGGCCAAAGAGAAAGAACCUAACGAGUAAACGAAAAUACACAUGUAUACAUAUUUUUAUCUGGUGCUUGUGGAAAAAAAUGCAUGUUUUGUUGUCCAGUGUGGGUGUGUGUUUAUACUUUUGUCAGGACUCUGUGUCGUGUAAAUAAUUAUGGAAUCAUACAUUGUGUGUGAAACAAAAUCAUUGUUGGUAUCAUACUAUUUUUCUGGAUAUUGAUAUUCUUGCUACUUGUUUGGUUGCAUUGACACCAUGAGGUGCACUCUGCUGUUGAGAUAAACGGACACUCUGGGGUGUAAUGUUGCCAGAUUUAUGUUGGAGCAAAUUUUACAGACCUCUGGAAAAGAGAUCAUAUUUUAGAAAAGCUUGAGGAUUCUAUUUUCUGUGUUUAAACAUCUAAAACAAGUUUUAAGUUCUGAGUAGUUUAAUCUCAGACAUGUGCUUUUAAAGAAAUCUCAACAAAAUGCUCCAAUGAGCAGCAUGAGAUGAAUUUGGUUGCAGCAUCCUUGAAAGAAUCAUGUUUUGAGAUAGCUUAUUGGCACCACCUCAGAUCUGCAAAUUAUUAGUCUUAUGGCACAAACAAAAGCUAAAAAAUAUAUUUUAAGUUUGUUUGACUGAGAUUUUCCCCCCGACACACACACACACACACACACACACACAAAUUCCAACUCCUAGUUUGGCAGCCCAGCUUACACAUUCUGUUGUCCAUACUGUUAGUCAAUAAGGGCCUAUUAGAUGACAUUCUCAUCACAAAGUGGUAAAAACUUGAAUGUUGAAUUUUAGAAUGUGGCAAUGCUGUUGGCCACCCCCUGGCACCAGAAUGUGGGAAUGUAUAGGCCUAUGUGAAUGGAUCUUACUCUUUACCGGUUGCAGUCCGUGAUGCUAAAAGGCUUUUGAAGUUCAAGUUCAACAGCCAAUCAAAUCCCACCCCUCUCUUUCAUACUCCUUAGCUGAAAAGUUUUUUUUUAUGUUUAUGGCAUAUUUUUCUGAGCUCGGUGUAUAAACAUCUGAGGUUGUUUUGAGCACAUACACAUAUACUAGAGGUUGACCGUAAGAAGCAAAUUGGACAAAAAAGUGGAUUUGAUUAUAAUUAUGGUCUAUCACCACAUCAAGAAACAUCCUGUAAAAUCUGUGGUCUGUUGGGACUCCACAGAGAGUGCAUUUGGUACGGUAUAGCCUAGUGUUUGAUGAUAAACAUUGGAUUGCUCAAUGGGGCAGCCUAAACAGACCGACUUUCUUCCACUUCAAGUAUGUCAUUUUGUCCAAGCUUUCUUCACAUUCAUAUUUCUGAACAUAAACACAGGUUUUGGGAGAGAUAUUUAGUGUGUGUUAUAGGUCUGUAUUAAGAAAUAGAUGUUAUAUAUCUGGCACCAAAAUGUACAUGACUGCUUGGACAUGUGUUUAAUGAUGAUACAUUGAUAAUGAUUAUGGUGUAAAUGUAAACAAGUACUUUGCUUUGACUUUGGAACAUUAAUUGAACAUUCAGUACAUUUGUUGCUUGUUUUGUUGCACAUGAGUUUGAUGUAUCGUUAAUUUUUCAUCUUUAAAAACCAAAUGUGUAAAGAAUCAGAGGCCUAUUCACAUCAAGACAAUAUUGUCAAGCGGGCAAUCUUUUUUUAAUUAUUAUUUUAUUAUCUCACCAAAAAUGUUUUGCUUUACAGUUGUUGAUGAUCUAUUUGACAGUCCCUCUUUUGGUCAUCUAGCCUCUGUCUCAUUCUGAGAAUGUAUGUAAUGGACAACUUAUAGGAUUAUCUCUCAUUCCGCUUGUACAGUAUAUAUUGAAAUUCAUGAGAUCUCUAUAUCUUGGAUAUCUUUUGCUCCAUUGUUUGAUUAUGUUGUGAUGCUAUUUGGAGUAUUUGGAAACUGUGCUAUUAUGGAACAUAAUGUUAUUUUGAGAAUGUUUUUCUGGUAUGUAAGACUCAAUGACUCUAUGCGAGAGAUAGGACUCUGUAGUAAUGUUCCGUAGUAGCUUACCAAAUCCAGUUGUAUAAUGCACCUUGAUUUCUGCAUGAGAUUUUACCCUCUUUUUCACGUUGUGUCUUCAUUGUCUUUGAAAGUGUGAAGCUUGAGGGCCUAUUAAACCUGGUCAUAUCUUUUUUUCAUUCUUAUGGCUUACUGUAUUGCUGUUUAGCCAUAAUUCCACAAUUUAGAGUGUAAUACCUUGGUUUCUCACAAAUCCUACCAAUGUAGACAUCACAACUGUUUUAAGUAUGCUAUCCACCCUUUACCAAAGAACUCAAUGUAUCUGCCUCCAGAGAUGAGCUUGCUUUACAAAAAAAAACAAACAUUUUAAUGCAUUAUGUGUCAGCUCUUUGUGGACAACAGUUUACUUACCUCAACAUAAUGGACAGAUACAUGCUUUAAGAUGUGUUUUGUUAAACGUUAUGUUUGUCAACAAUAUUAGUCAAUUACCACAGAGAUAAAUCUCAACAAAAUGACUUUCAUUACAUUGAUUUAGUGUCAUUUGGGCAAAAGCAUCAAUCAAGCAUGCAAGUAUGACUUAUAUUUUCUAUGAUUUAUACUGCACUCACUUUUAAUGCCUUUAUGUAUCACUGUUUAACAUGUAUAUACACUCAGAGUUCUGGCUUACAAAGAUGUUGGUGAUGUUGGUUCUAUGAUAUUACGUGUUUUGAUUGGUCUUUCAUUCACAUCUUACAGUGUGUUGGUUUGAUGAUGCUUAUUUUGAUUAUUAUUUACAUAAUACACCUUUCCCUUGAAUUGCAAAGGGAUUAUUUUUACUUCAUCUUUGUUUUCACUUUUAAGGUCACAUUAUGAACCCUAUAUCUGCCACUGGAUAAAUCAACCAAAAUUGAUGUUUUGCCAUUUAUCCAUGGUGAUUAAUUGUGUUUCAUUGAAUCAAUUAAUCAAUAAACAAAGCGAAUGUUAUUGAGUGACAUAUGCCUAGUGGGACUUCAUAAAGGAAAUUACUUAGGCCUACAUUUGUAUUAUAAAAUUAAGUUUAGUUUAUUUUUUUUUCAAAAAGAGCUGUGUCAUGUUGCCUAAACAGCUAAUCACAAUACUGUAAUGUGGGGGCAACGUUUUCUUGUUUGACCAUUAGCCUAUGUGCAUGUUAGACAAGUGUAAGAGAAGUUGUGUAAUAAAUCUUAAAUAAAUCUGGCUGAUGGGUCCUUUCAUAUAUUCUCAUCAAAAUUCACAUAAAAUUGCAUUG